AUUCCCGCCAAAGUUACCAAAACCUAUUUGCCACUGAAAUCUUAGAACAAAACCGGCUCUCUCUUCUACGUUCUACGUGAAUUUUUCGUUUAUUUUGUUUUGAAAAUCGACACUUCUGAUAAUUUAUGGCACUGUAAUUGAACGAUUUAUGAUUUAUUGUUCAAGAACAUGAGCGACACACCAUCAAGUAGAAGUAAACGCCAGAGAGUGGAUAAAACUGGAAGGCUGUCAGCCUUAGAAAAGUUGAAACAGUUGAAAGGCACUAAACAUAAAUAUGAGGUUGACGAAUUGGAGAAUGUGUAUGAAGAAGUUGAUGAGAAAGAAUAUAGUCAAACUGUAAUAAAAAGGCAAAAUGAUGAUUGGAUUAUUGAUGAUGGGGAAAGUGGUUAUGUGGAGGAUGGCAGAGAAAUUUUUGAUGACGAUUUGGACAAUGAAAGUAUUCAAGAAGCAAGAAAGCAAAAAGUCAACGGUCCGAGGAAAAGCAAGAAGGAAGAUGUUAAAAAGAAAGGAUCUAUUCAUAAUAUGUUGAUGAAUAUGCCUUCUAAAAAGAAGACCAAUGUUGCCCUCGACGAUGACAAUAUUUUAGGAGAUUUAAUGUCAGAGUUGAAAAAGAAUGAUACACCAAAAAAACCACAAGCAAGAACUGUUAAAAACAAAUUUUGCACUGAUUCUCAGUUGAAUAACAAAAGUGUUCGCACAGAACAAAAUCAAAGCUCUACUUCUCAGUAUCAAAAAAUGACAUGUACCGAUGAUGAUGAUGACUUAAUAAUAUUUGAUAGGAUCAAGAAAACAGGUGUCCAUAAAGAAGCAAAAUCAGUUCUUCAAUUAGAGAGUAGUAAUAGCCAAACUAUUGUAGAUGAUGAUGGUGUUCAUAAAUCACAAACGACAUCUGCAAUAUCAGACACAGAAUCAAAGAGUAAUGUUAUGGAAAAAAGUCACAGUCAAAUAAUCGAAGACGAUAGUGAAGAUCUUAGUCAAUUUUUUUGUAGUACAGAUUUUGAGAGUGAAACUACAAAUCGGAUUGAAAAAUCAGUCAGUAAGGAAAACGAAAAAAGCAAAUCGGUCGUUCAAGCAAAGAACAAGGACAUUGAAAAAGAAAUAUUUGAAUCAGAAGAUUUCAGUAAAUUGUUAGAUAUUGAAUUUUCAACGCAAACACAGAACAUUGAAAUGUCCAUAGAUACUACAGAAUUGUCUUUACCGCUUACAACUAAUGCAGAUAAAGAAGAAGUUUUUCGAUUUUAUUGGUGGGAUGCGUACGAAGAUCCUUACAAGCAGCCUGGAGUUGUAUACUUAUUCGGAAAAGUCUUUGUACCAUCUAUAAAGACAUAUUGUUCUUGUUGUUUAACAGUAAAAAAUAUUCCUCGACGAAUUUAUCUUCUUCCUAGAGUACAUAUAAAAUCAUCCAAGGAUAGCAACGAUGAACCAACAUUAAAUUCGAUGGAAGACGUGUACAAAGAAUUCAAUCAGUUCGCAAAUAAGUCAGGAAUAAAAGAAUUCCGUUGCAGUACAGUUACAAAGCAUUACGCUUUCGAGCAAGAAGGUACUCCAGCUAUGUCUGAGUACUUAGAAGUGAGAUACUCUGCGCAUUAUCCAGCUAUGCCCUCCGAUUAUACUGGAGCAUCGAUAGAACGUGUUUUCGGGACGACAGUAAAUUCUUUGGAACUGCUUUUAAUAGAAAGAAAUAUCAAAGGUCCAUGCUGGUUGGAUGUUAAAUGUCCAUUACCAACUGGCGUACAAACUAGUUGGUGUAAAAUGAAGGUGAAUUGUAUGAAGAUGGAAAACAUAUCAGUUUCUUCUGAAUCUCAGGCAUUACCGCCAUUGGUAAUAACGACUUUGAAUGUACGAACAUCUUUAAACUCUAAGACCCAACAGAAUGAAGUAGUUAUGGUUGCUAUAUUAAUCCAUCAUAAAUUUCAUGUUGAUAAAGAACCACCCAAGCCACCGUUUCAACAACACAUGUGCUUGAUUACGCAUCCACGCGAUACUCCCUGGCCCAGACAAUCGCGAGAAAUGCUCUCAAAUGUCUCGUACACUAAAGUGAUGAAAUUUGAUACUGAAGUAGACUUACUCGAGGAAUUGUUAAAAAUACUUAACGCAACAGAUCCGGACUUAUUAAUUGGAUACGAUUGCGGCUUUCAAUUUGACAUAUUAAUGCACAGGAUGUUCACUUUGAAAGUUUCGAAUUGGAGUAGAUUCGGAAGACUAAGACGUUCAGUGCCACCUUUUAUUAGGGGUAAAAUAAAUUUGAAUCAAGUCUUAGCCGGUCGUCCAAUGUGCGACAUACAAGUUUCAGCUAAGGAAUUGAAUCUCAAAGUCAGAAGUUAUGACCUCCAAUCUCUUUGCACUGCGGUAUUAAAGAAAAAGGAAAAUGAAUGUAAAGAAAUAAAGCCUGGGGAGUGUGCAUCGUUUUAUAGUACAACGGAUAAAAUAGAUAAUUUAAUUAAAAUAACACUGACGGAAGCACUGUAUAUUUUGUCUAUUGUAUUUGAACUUAAUGUUCUUCCACUUGCACUGCAAAUCACAUGCAUUGCUGGGAAUGUUAUGUCAAGGACUUUAACAGCAGGACGUGCAGAAAGAAAUGAAUACUUGUUAUUACACGCUUUUCACCUGAAACAUUACAUAACACCGGAUAAACGAGUAACAAAAAAGGGGAAAAAUGCUGAAAAUAAUGAAAAUACUAGAAAAAAGAAAGCAGCUUACGCUGGUGGUUUGGUUCUUGAUCCGAAAAAAGGUUUUUAUGACAAGCUGAUUUUAUUGAUGGAUUUCAAUUCUUUGUAUCCCAGUAUAAUCCAAGAAUACAAUUUAUGUUUCACUACUGUGCCUGGUGCUGCAUAUUCUGAUAGCGGGGAUUUAGCAAUUCCUGAGUCGAAUCUGGAGCCUGGAGUGAUCCCAACAGAAAUUCGUAAGUUGGUUGAGAGUAGGGUAGAAGUGAAGAAAUUAAUGAAAGCACCAAACAUUUCACCUGAAUUAAAAACGCAAUAUAACAUUAGGCAGUUGGCUUUAAAACUAACUGCUAAUUCCAUGUAUGGUUGUUUGGGUGCAACCCAUUGUAGAUUUUAUGCUAAAGGACUUGCUGCUCUAGUCACAGCAAAAGGCAGAGAAAUUCUACAAAAUACGAAAAAUCUUGUUGAAAAAUUGAAUUAUGAAGUCAUAUAUGGAGACACUGACUCUAUAAUGAUAAAUACUAAUUUGAUAGAAUACGAGGAGGUUUUUGCGGUUGGAAAAAAGAUUAAACAAGAAGUAAACAAACUAUACAAACGGGUGGAGUUAGACAUUGACGGCGUGUUUCGUUAUUUAUUACUUUUACAAAAGAAGAAGUAUGCCGCGGUUACGAUGACAAAAUUACCCUCCGGGCAGAUAGAGUUAAUACAAGAACAUAAAGGUUUGGACAUUGUGAGGAGAGACUGGUGUCAGUUAGCCUGUGACGUUGGAAAAAAAAUCUUAGAUCAGUUACUUUCUAAUCAAUCGAAUGAGAACCGGUUAGAACAGAUUUUUAAUAUGUUACAAAAUGUUGCAAAGAAUGUCCGUGAAAAUCAAGUUUCUCUGUCGUCGUUGGUUAUUACAAAACAAUUAUCGAAGAACCCAAACGAAUAUCCAGAUACCAAACAAGCUCAUGUGCAAGUAGCUUUACGAUUAAAUAAGGAAGGUGGUAGAAUGUGGAAAGCUGGAGACACUGUUCCAUACAUUAUAUGCGAUGAUGGGACAGAAAAGUCUGCAACUGAGAGAGCGUAUCACAUUGACGAGUACAAAAAGAGCGAGUCUUUGAAAAUCGAUGUUAAUUACUAUUUAUUAAGCCAAGUAUUUCCAAUUGCAUUGAGAAUCUGUGAACCAAUUGAAGGAAUCGAUGAUGUUUUAUUGGCUGAAAAUUUAGGUUUGGAGGGUGUAUAUAAAUCUAAGAGAUUGAUACACGAGGAAGGAAUCAACGAUGUGCCAUUAUUAGUAAACGAAGAUAGAUUUCGAUUUUGUCUUCCACUGAAAUUUAAUUGUAGAGAUGAAAAAUGCCAAUCGGAAAUUAUGCUUAAGGAUGUCGUCGUAGAGACGCCUACUGGUAAUAAAUUGUCACUCGCCUCGUGUUCAAACCCAGAAUGCAUAGUACAGCCAUGGACGUAUGCGAACGCAAUACAAAAUGCAAUGACACUCGCUGCACGAGAAGCAAUUACGGAAUAUUACAGUGGUUGGUUAGAGUGCGAGAAUCCAUUAUGCGGUGAAAGAACACAGCUACUUCCAUUAGGAUUUCACAGAAAAUAUCCGACCUGUAGAAAAUGUGGGGAUGCUGAUUUGCAUAGAGUAUUUUCAGAAACGAAACUUUACAACCAGAUGUGUUUUUACCUUCAUCUGUUUGAUGUGAGUCACUCGAAAUAUAAAAACUUGUUAUCUCAAUACCCACAAGGUAUGAGAGCAGCAUAUGAUUUGCUGAAAGAAGCAAUGGAAAAGAUAUUAAGACGAAAUGCAUUUUCUGUCGUAUGUUUGGAUACAAUAUUCUCAAGUAUGAAUUCACAACAUAAAUCAACGGGUUUGAAUACGGGUACUCUGGAUAUAUCUGAUGGAUCAGACGAUGAAAUGUGGUGA